CCACAUAAAAUAUGUCCAUGCGAUCAGUCCCUGACACAAUAGCUAUUACUUGUGCGACAGUCCUUUCCGUUCUUGUCAUCGUUGUUAUAACGGGAAACUCUACUGUUUGUACGAUCAUACUGAAAUAUCGCGAUAUGAGAAUUCCAAUCAAUUUCCUUCUUGUGAACCUGGCUGUUUCGGACAUUAUGAUUGCAAUAUUUCUUGCACCAGAGUACAUCUUCAGUCUGAUGUUUACCCAUCCUAAUGGAGUGACUGGGACAGUUCUAUGCAGGCUACUGACUGGAGGAAACUUUGCAUGGGUUGGAGCAUCUUCGUCUGUCUUCACCCUGGUUUUUAUCGCCAUUGAGCGCUAUUAUGCAGUAAUAUAUCCAUAUGAUGAAAAGGGAAAGCUUACCAAUACCAAACUUAAGGUAAUUAUUCCUUUCUGUUGGAUUCUUGCAUUUAUCUUGAAUGUACCGACUUUCUUGGCCUUGAACUUCAAGAACACCUUAGGUGACUGCGAGGAAGACUGGCCUCAGGAGUGGAUGGGCAAAGCCAACAGCAUGAUGUGGUUGGUGACUAUGACCUUUCUUCCCAUGACACUGAUGACUGCGGCUUAUUCCAGAAUCGUGUGCACAUUGUGGUUCACACCAACUGAUGAUAAUCAACUUUCACAUGGACAGAAGGCUGUGAUCAAGUUGCGGAAGCGGGUCACCGCGAUGGUAAUAACUGUCAGCUUCAUAUUUGGAGUCUGUUGGCUCACCGACUCGACAAUUUAUUUCUUGCAUUUUAUCAACUCUCCAUACAGUGAUGUUGUUUUUUAUAUUACUACCAUACUGAUCCUAUUUAAUUCUGCUGUCAACCCGUUUGUGUACGCCCUGAUUAACCAAAGAUUCCGCCAAAAGAUCAAGACAAUGUUCCGAUGCAAUUGCGUCGCUACAAACAGAAUUGGCCCCACUAUCCAUUCCACCGGUAAAAUAGUAUUGCCGACCGUGGCCACCACUCUACCAAAUCUUCAAGACAAAGUUAAUGCAGGGGAAAGUGAUUUCAACAAUUGACUGGAAAAAUAUCGACGAGAACGUUAAGUUUGCGAACUUCACUUGUUUAGUAAACAAUUAGAAGUAAGUAGAGUCAAG